AUGGAGGAUAAACAAUUGAGAGGAGAUCAUGAACAAGGUACUAGUGCUGAAGCUGCUGCUACUAGUCCUGACAAUGAUAGUCCAUCAACGGCAUUUGCUAAGGCCAAUGCCCAAUGGUAUAAAAGGAAUUUAAAAUCAAAAUGCAAAGAGCUGUUGGUGACCAAAUUGUCAGCUCAAGCGGCACGUGACAUGGCAACAUCUCCUCCUUCAGUUUCUCUGGUAACUGCUGCUACCAGGAAAAAACUAAAUUUUCCUAAAAGACCCACUGGCAGUGUUGCAGAUCAGCCAGGAACAACCUUUAAUAUCUGGUCCAGACUGAAGGAACUGCCUACACUUACUGACAUGUCUACCGUGACUGCAUAUGAUACGGUCACCAUUCAAAGAAUGGUUGAUGAUUAUUUCAGUGAUAGCAUCCAAAUAGGCAUGUCAGACAAUCCGUGUCACUACUGGAAGGAAGAAAAGGUAACAUACAAGAACAAUAUCACCUCAGUCAUACUUGUGGGGUUUCCAAAUUUUUAUAACUUUAAUAUCCCCAUGUUCUUGCUUCUGCUCAUCAUUUACUCUGUGAACAUCUAUGGAAAUCUCCUAAUUAUGGCUUUAUGUCUGCUGACCAAACACCUGCAGACCCCCAUGUACUUCUUCAUUACACAGCUGUCACUGUGUGACAUCAUACUGACUACAGAUAUUCUCCCUAUUCUGCUGCAUAUUGUGCUGUAUGACGGCUGCACUAUGUCACUUAUUGGAUGCAUCGCUCAGUUUUAUGUCUUCGCUACAUCAGAGUCCUCUGAGUGUCUCCUUCUAUCAGUGAUGUCCUAUGAUCGGUACCUGGCUAUCUGUGACCCUUUGCGCUAUCAUUCUAUAAUAAAUUACAGAUUUUGUGUGAAAUCUGUGAUUCUAAUUUGGAUGAUAAGUUUUAUAUUGACGAUAACUGAUUUGCAGUCUAUGUGUAGUUUGCAUUUCUGUGGUCCAAAUGUUAUUGACCAUUUCUACUGUGAUUUUGAACCCAUAUUGCAGCUUUCCUGCUCUGAUACCUUCAUAAUUCAUAUUGAGACUUUGACAUUGAUUGUUUUAGCUCUUACAGGACCCUUCAUAAUAAUUGUGAUGUCAUAUGUGUAUAUUGUGUUUACUGUUCUUAGAAUACCAUCAUUUACUGGAAGACAGAAAGCCUUCUCCACCUGCAGCUCUCACCUGAUGGUUGUGUCCAUAUUUUUUGGGACACUAAGCAUUGUUUAUGUGUUUCCGGCAAAGCAUUUCAGGAUAAUCAGCAAGGUCAUGGCUCUGUUUUACACUCUGAUAACUCCUUUGCUGAAUCCAAUAAUAUAUACUUUCAGAAACAAAGAUUUUAAGAAAGUCUUUGAUAAAAUAAAAUACUUAAAUUUUUGCAAGAAAUUGUAA